UGUGGUUUUCUUUCAAUCGUUUUUCUCUUAUUCACAUAGGUAUAACGUGGUUGCAAAGUCGAUUGCAUACUAUUUCUUGCCAUUGUCAAUAAUCGGAGUGUUGUAUGCGUUGAUGGCACGUCGAUUGCAUUUGAGUGCACGUGAGAUGCCCGGUGAAUUGGCUGGGCCACAGAGAGCCCAAGCUCGUGCAAGACGUCAUGUCGCCCGUAUGGUUGUCACAUUUGUAAUUGUGUUUAUCAUCUGCUUUCUUCCGUAUCAUGUGUUUAUGCUUUGGUUCCACUUGAAUCCAAACAGUGAACAAGAUUAUGACACCUUCUGGCACAUAACACGAAUGACCGGCUUUUGCCUAAGUUUUCUGAAUUCGUGCGUUAAUCCCGUGGCUUUGUACUGUGUAUCCGGCGUAUUUCGUCAGCAUUUCCAUCAGUAUUUGUGCUGUAAGCAUAUUCAACAAACGCAUCAUCGUCUGGGCAUGUCAAUGGCAACAAAUGCAUGCGACACGAGUUUUAUGUCAACGAUACGGCGCACACAACACGGUAACCAUCAUACAAUCGUGCAAAAUGGUUCAUCGCCAACAAAAAGUGCUUGCGUGAAAUUGCUGAGGUGAACAAUGUGGCUAAAACGGAGGCGUCAGCGAGUGAGAAUCAAAGAUGCUGUGAUGAUGACCAACGUCAAUACUAACCCUGAUACCAACACCAACACCAACAUCGCCGUCGUCAUCAUCAGCAGUAACAGCAGCAGCAGCAGUGGCAGAGAAGAGAGAAAAAUGACGACAACAAUGACAGCAACAAUAACAGAAACAACAACAUCAACAACAGCACAAACUAACAACCCAACUAUUCCCAUCGGACAUGCGAAUCAUAAGCCCUAGUGUUAAGUAUUUUUGUCGCAACUGCGAAUCAUAUUCAUUUCAUCUAAGUAUUUGUGUGUUUAUUGUUCGUUCAUAAAUCAAGCUUCCGCUUGUUGUGCCCUACUAUCAAGCAUACCGAUGAUUUACUGUACGGGAAUCACUCACAUGUAAACCAAGCACAUAAUUAAUGGCAAUUUUUGUCCAUUAAUUAUCCAAAGCGUUCGUUUAUUUUACUCUCGUUCAACAUCAUUUUCUCUUUAUUUCUCUCUCUCUCGCUCGCUCGUUCGCUCGCUCUCUCUCGUCUACCUCUUUCGUCUCUCAUCUUUUCCUAUCUAUUCUAUUCUUUCCCACAUCUCUUCAACUCCUGGAGCCUAGAAGCGGUGAACAAAACCAUUUGUCUACAAUGGACAGACUCAAUUUAUAUUAUCUCCCAGUGAUAGUAAAACGUAAAUGCCCUCACCCAGCCUCCAUGCCCUCGAAAAUAUAUCAUCGCAAUGGAAAGAGAAAGAGAACGUGAACGUUCAUUAGCUAUAAUCAUGACUUUUUAAAAUAAUUUUUCGAUGAACCAACAAACAAAACUGUUUUGUUUCACCGAUAACACAAAACCAAUCAAUAAAAUGAAAACCAUACAGAAUCUUACAUAUGCUUAAUUGGACGGAUGCAAAUGUGUCUGUCAACUUUCAAUCGCAGACCAGAGCUAUUCUGGUGUAUGGUGUGAACGUCGCACAUAUUACCUACUUACUAUUUGACUUAAGCGGCUUUUUAAAGGAAGAAAUCGAGACAAAUGUUGUUAUAAACCGAGAGCCCACGUAGAAAAUACUAUAUUGAUAAGUCUCACGUCAGAUAAUGUGAUUGUAGGUAGAUAUUAAUGCCAAUAUUCAGAAUAUUUUUCAUUUUCUUCUUUAUCUCUUUCAAUUUACGAUAUCUAGCUGCCGAUAUCAAUAAAAAUAUAUGCUUCACUUUUCUUACAAUUUGCAUGUCAGAUAUUUUUUGUACAGCUAAAUUGCCUCACUCAUUUCGAUGAAGUGAGGUUAUGUCAUUUCAUGUCAAAAUGUCAAAGUGGGGAAAAACGACAUAGAGUGAUAUUUCAGAAUGGAAUAAAAAGUAUUGUGCAAAAUAUUUUGAGCUGAUAUUUUGAAUUUGAAUUAAUUUCGUGGCAAUUUAGCUGUACAAAAUAUAUCUGACAUGCAAAUU